AUGCCUCUGACGGCCAAGAUCCUCGACCCCCGGGUCGCCCCCCGAGCUCAGGUACGGCUGCACAGCGCACCGCAGACUCCCUCUCUCUCCCUCGCAAAUCUUGUCUGGCUAACAGGGACACCCGCACAGAUGUCGACAGGCGUGAAACGCAGCAUCAAGCCCCUCGCCGGCGAUGAGCCCGAGGAUGUCCUCUUCAACAGCUCCUAUGGCCUGAGGACCAUCGAGCUCAACCGCCCCAAGAAGCUGAACUCGCUCAACGCAUCCAUGAUCCGGAAGAUUGCCCCCCGCCUCGUCGAGUGGGAGAAGAGCGACCUGGCCAAUGUUGUCGUCAUGAAGGGUGCUGGCGACAGGGCCCUCUGCGCCGGCGGGGAUGUCAAGGCCCUGUCGGACCUCAACAAGACGGGCGAGGAGGGCUCCAAGGAGUCCACCGACUACUUCGCCCUCGAAUACAAGCUGGACCACUACAUUGCUACCUACCGGAAGCCAUAUAUCGCCUUCAUGGACGGCAUCACCAUGGGCGGCGGUGUCGGUUUGAGCAUCCAUGCACCCUUCCGGAUCGCCACCGAGAGGACCGUCUUCGCCAUGCCCGAGACCACCAUCGGCUUCUUCCCUGACGUUGGAGCCUCGUUCUUCCUGCCGCGAAUGCCCGGUGCGGUUGGAACCUACCUGGCCCUCACCAGCGAGAGGUUAACAGGCGCAAACGUCUUCUACUCCGGUGUCGCCACCCAUUAUCUUCACUCUACUAGUCUGCCCAAACUCGAAUCUCGUUUGGCCGAGCUGAGGUUCAGAGACUUUGACGACAUGAAGAAGCGAUUGGAGAUUAUCGAGAUGACCAUCGAGGAGUACGCCACUGGCUUGCCCCCGCUGGACAGGGAGCCUAUCCUCAUAGCCGGCGAGCUGCGAAACGCCAUCGACAGGUGUUUUAACCAGCCCACCGUCAACGGUAUCAUCGAGGCACUUCAGAACGAGACGGGGGCCACCAAGGAAUGGGCCGACAAGACCUUGGCGACUCUUCAGAAGCGUUCACCGACCGCAGUUCACGUGGCCCACAAGCAGAUGCAGGUGGCCCGGGAGUGGAGCAUCAUGGAGACCUUCAGGAAGGAGCACCAGAUUGCGGCACACUUUAUGAGACACCCCGACUUCGUCGAGGGCGUCGACAAGCAGCUGUCCAAGGAGCGCCAGACGCCGCAGUGGAAGCCUGCAUCGUUACAGGACAUCCAGCCAGGCGACAACGUUGCGGAUCCCUUCUUCGAGGCCGGUGCAGACGCGCAACCGCUGAAGCUGCUCGUCGACCGCAACUACCACGCUUAUCCGCACAGCUACGUAGGUGUGCCGUCUGAACUCGAUGUGAGAGAUGCGGUUUUGAAGGCCACGAGGUCCAGGAAGCAGAUUGUCGAGGACUUUGUCCAGAAGAAGAAGGGUAGACAGGGCAUCAAGACCAUCGUCGAGGAGGUUCUGGCCCGGAAAACGUACGAGACGGCCGAUGGGGUGGCAGUGUGGAUCGAUGAAAGUGCAUAA